AGUCACAAAGUGUGAAACUACGAGAAUCAGAAAAUUCUGCACUUUUUUAUUUGCAGAUUUUUUGAUCGGUUCACACUAUUUUUAUUCUUUUUCGUUUUGGUUUCGUUUCAACAAAAUCGUAUAUCUACUAGUGAUUAAUCCUCAUACUAUCUGGAACUAAUGAUUGCUGUGUGACAGGUAUUUUGAGACAGGAGAAAGAAAGACGGAUAAAUGGCGACAAGAGGAGGAGGAACUCGUGUGCCCUCGUAUAGGGAGAGAGAGAACAACAAGAGAAGAGAGAGGAGGAGGAGAGCCAUCACCUCAAAGAUAUUUGCUGGACUGAGAACGCAGGGAAACUACCCCAUCCCUAGACAUUGCGACAACAAUGAAGUCCUUAAAGCUCUUUGUAAUCAGGCUGGAUGGACUGUUGAGCCUGAUGGCACUACUUAUCGUAAGGGAUGCAAGCCUGUGGAAAAUAUGGAGGCCGUGGGAGGAUCUGCACCAGUGAGCCCUUGCUCGUCUUAUAACCUGAGUCCCUAUGGCUCCUCGUCCUUGCAUAGUCCAGCUUCAUCCUCUUUUGCGCCUAAUGUCAACGUUGAUGGAAACUCCCUCAUUCCAUGGCUCAAUAGACUGUCCUAUGCAUCCUCAUCAGCCUCGUCGUCUUGCUCCCAGCUUCAGCAAGUCGGUGUGCAAUUCGGCUCCAUCAGUGCUCCUGUCAUUUCUCCUUUGACCUCCUUGGCUCACACCCCGCGACUCCAAACUGAAACAGGCUGGAAUACUCCACAGAACUCUUUUUUCGUGUCUCCCACGCCCCCGAACUCUUCCUGUCAAAUCUUUCCUAAUUCAGAAUGGCUUAAUGGCCCUCAAAUUCCACCACCACGCGCCCCAGGCUCUCCAACAUUUAGCCUCAUCUCUCCGAAUCCAUUUGACUUGAACGAAGUGGCCCAACCAGACCAGAAGGCUGAUGUUUCUAUGGAAGAAGCGAAGAUGAUGGAUGAAUUUGCAUUUAAAGGCAGCACAAGGCAAAUGAAUCCUUGGGAAGGUGAAAGAAUUCAUGAAGAGUUUGUUUCGGAUGAUCUUAAGCUCACUCUUGGAACCCCGCAGAGCAGGAACGAUAACAAGAAGCAUUAAAAUGAAGAAAACCAGUUUCAAUUUCACAUCUGAAAGCAUGCCACGUCACGAUCGACACUCUUAUAUUAUAUAUAGUCUGUGCAGUCACCACUAUACUAUAUAUCUUCCGUCCUAAGAGUAUGAUAUGUUGUUUGUUACUAUAUCAGUGUUCUAUCAUCCUAUGU